AUGGAAAGCACCCCGACUGACUGUCGCUGCAUUAUCGGCGGAAUUUCCCGCAAUUUCAGGAGGCCUUCUUGCUCGCGCGUGCAUCGCGGUCGGCGCGUGCGAAUAGCAAAAUGGCUGUCGGGAAACGUCAAUACAUCUUGCAUUGAGCGAGCCUAUCCUUUUUGUAAAUACGAGCGCGUUGCGGGAAGACAUCACGCCGGGGACGACGCAUGCCGUUCGACUGACACGUCGGUCCGAGUGUAUCGUAGUCACGUGCACGGGAACCGUGCGUGCGUGCCGACGGGAUGGCGGAGUUCGUGCGCGGUGGACCCAGCGUGGGUGCCAAGAUGGAGCACAACAGCAAAGGUGGCUCUCCCAGUACGGGAAGUGAGGAUGGUGGUCAGAACGAAUCAUUGAACGCGGAGAACGAAUUUGAUCCUUUUCUUGAAAAUAUACCGGAUGAUAUACAAGACGCAGAAGAGCCCGAUGGCGCGAAUGCUACUCUGUUAACAGCACCACCGGAGAACCAAUGGUAUCAUGGUAGAUUAGAUAGAUUUACAGCAGAGGAAAGACUGUGGGAUGCAAGCAAAAUGGGUAGUUAUUUGGUUCGCGAAAGCGACAGAAAACCUGGAAGCUAUGUUUUAUCUUAUUUGGGACGGACUGGAAUAAAUCAUUUUCGAAUCACAGCUGUUUGUGGAGAUUAUUAUAUUGGCGGUCGUCAGUUCAACAGUCUAUCAGAUCUGGUUGCAUAUUAUACUCAUUGUUCGGAUCUCUUAAAGAGAGAAAGACUUAUACACCCGACACCACCACCCGAACCGGUGAACGAUAAGAAACGAAUAGUUGCAAUACUGCCAUAUACAAAAAUGCCGGAUACUGACGAACUGAGCUUUCAGAAAGGGGAUAUAUUUUUUGUGCAUAACGAUAUGGGCGAUGGGUGGUUGUGGGUCACUGCUCAUAGAACUGGCGAACAGGGUUUAAUAUUUCGAGAAUUAGUAGAGGAUCUUGAUGAUUCCAUAGAUCCCAACACAGUGUUUUCUUGGUUUCAUCCUAAUGUUACCAAGAGCGAGGCAGUGGACAUGCUAGUAAAAGCAGGACCUGGAAGUUUCCUAGUCAGACCAUCGGACAAUAGUCCGGGAGAUUAUUCACUUUUUUUCCAUAUAAACAAUCAGAUACAGAGAUUCAGAAUUGAGAAAAAGGGAGUACGAUAUCUUAUGGGUGGUAGAACAUUCGAAUGUCUCGAUGCUGUAAUUAACAGAUAUCGAAAGGAACAAAUUGUGGAGGGACAUACUUUGGUUCAAGCAAUGGUAACCGAACCUGAUGGUAGCGUUAGAGUAAAUAGAGAAGUUCAACAUGCCGAGAAAAUAUAUGCGACUUUGAGGGAAUGCCGAGAGCAAUCAGGAGCGAAGAAGAAUAAAGGGAUUAAAAUGCAAGGAUAUUUGGAAAAGAAAUCAGAGAAAAAUAAAAAAUGGAAAGCAUUGUACUUUGUCUUAUUAGUGGAUGCUACCGAUACGCAUCUCUAUCUAUACGAUAAUCCGAAAAGGACAAAGCCGAAAGGUCUCAUUGACUUAAGUUGUGCUUAUUUAUAUCAGGUCCACGAAAGUGUGUUUGAUAGGCCUCAUUGUUUCCAAUUAGUUGAACGUGCUUUACCCUGUCUGGCCACUAUAACUUAUCUGGCUGCCCCAAAUUCCGAAAACGCAUUAGACUGGAUUAAUGCCUUGAAACCAUUAUGUGUAUCACAACUCACUCGUGCUCCGAAAGUUGCCCGCCUUCGUGAAUUACGUUCAUUGCAUCUACAUAUCUUAGACGCGCAUAGACUUCCAUACAAAUUAGUUCCAAAUCCGUUUAUUAUAGUGGCUUUAAACAAUGUUAAAGUCGCUCGCACGAAGGUAAAAACGGGAUUGCAUCCGCUCUGGGAUGAAGAAUUCAUUCUAGAAGACGUACCGCCAGACGUUAUGUCCUUUGCGCUUACUCUGUACAACAAAGGUAAGCGUAGCAAGGACACAGAAGUUGCGGAACUAACAGUCGAGUUGGCGAGUUUAACUAAUGGGGAGGAAAUGGACGAAUGGUAUCCGCUAUCGGGAAUGACGCCAAUCGGAGAAUGGGGAGCAUUGCGUUUACGCAUACGUUACAGACAUGAUUUAGCUAUGCCUCCUGAAGAGUAUAGUCCUCUUCAGCAAUUAUUAUUGGAUCCAGAAUUGCAUGUUGUCAAGGCUUUAGCGGACGUAUGUCAUUUAGAUAGAGUACCCUUGGCAAAUAGUCUUCUUAGAAUUUUUAGGCAUGAAAGAAAAGAGGCGGAUCUUCUGCGAUCAUUGAAUCAAGCUGAAGUUGAGAAAGAAGAUGAAACGCCAACAUUAUUUAGAGCUGCCAGUCUUACUACCACUUUAAUGGAUUUAUAUAUGAAAUCUGUUUGUAUUUCGUUUUUAAAGGCCGCUUUGCGUGAUACAAUCGUGAAAUUAAUUGAAAGUAAGCAAAGCUGUGAGUUGAAUCCAACAAAAAUGGAUUCUCCGGAAGAUGCGUGCAGUAAUGCAGAAUUUUUACUACAAGUAUUUACAAAUUUUUUUGCAAUGAUGACUAGAAUGCAAUUAGUAAAAUUUGCAAAAUAUUAUUUAUUAUCCGUGUCCUGUCCACGGAUGAUGAUCGAGAGGAUAAGAAUCGCGAUCCCGCGUUCUCGGUGUGACGUCGGCAAAACAGCGGAAGUGCCUUCCCCUUGCACUCUAUACACCAUUGCACACAGAGAACACUAUAUAUAUAUAUAUAUACAGAAUGUUGCUGAGAAACCAGAAUCUGAGGGUACAGAUCCAAAAACAAAAAGCGUAUCCGAUACUGCAAGAGAUUUAGCGACGUUGCAUCAUAUCUGCGUUUCACAUUUGAAGGAACUUCAAGUUCUGUCAAAGACACAACCGACAAUUAAACAGCUGGUAACGGUGACUGAGAUGUUAAGCAAACAUAAGCAGAAAUAUAUGGAAAUGAUACGGUAGUGCUAGAGCCAUCAGCCAUGAACAAUGCCAAACACAAUAAAAUUUUUUAAUUCAAUAACGGAUAACAUAUAGUAGUAUUUAAUAAUUAUGAUUAAGUAAUUAAACGUACAGACUGACGUGCCAUAUAUAUUACUGUAUACACUCAAGCCUACAUUUACUAUUUCAUAUGUAAUUAGAAGUUAGUUUAUAUAUAUAUAUAUAAAAAUAUAUAUAGCGACACAGUAAAACAUGACAGUGAUAUAGAUACAUACAGAAUCAUAUAGGCGUAUAACAAUUUUAUAUUUACUUAGGUGCUCGAAAAUAAAUGCAAUUUCAAUCGAAA